AUGAAGGAGGUUCCUACGCAGGAGCAGCCGACGCCGACACCGACCACUCCGGAGAUCCCGACGCAGGAGGUGCCUCCCAGCCCCGAAGUUCCUACGCAGGAGCAGCCAACUCCGACUCCCGAAACACCGGUUCAGAACAACCCCCCUACUCCAGGCAAGGACGUACCCCCUUCCAUUCCUGAGACCCCGGCAGUGACUCCUGCUGUGUCAAAGCCUCACACCUCGGACUGCGCUUUUUAAGUUAUAAGUCCACAUUGACCGGGCCGGAUGCUUCGAUCUUGCCAUAAAGUAAGUUUUCGAAUGACAGAUUCACUUUGUGUUCUA